UCGGGAGAUCCUCUGUUUCACGUACUAGGAUAGUGAGUAAACUCUGGCAGAUCGGAUCAGAGUACAGUCCUACUCACUCGAUCACUCUUCUUCGCUACGAUAACAGGGAAUGUUCCGUUCGUUCAUGCUCUCGUCCAACUCCAAGCGCGUCUACUUUUUUGGUAUUUCCUUUUGACCCUUGCCUUAACAGUGAAGCUUUCAAAUUGAAACUUGCAGCUGUAGCAUCAAUAGGGGCAUGGUGGAUUCCUUUGGGAUUGGGGGGUUUUUCUCAAAAGGGAAUUGCCUGCCUGAAGCCUGAAAUUAUGGGGUGCGAGUGGGCCAUGACGUUUUGAAGCUUUUAAGAAAAAAACAAAAGCUUGGGGUUGACUCUUCCGCCCCCGCCAGAUCGAUCUGGUCAGUGGGUGAUCACCGAUUCGCUCGUUGAAUAAACAAUUCGAUAACCCAAUCCAUCUCUGGGAUCGAUUCCUUCUACUUCCCUGCUAAUCCCAAAGCGAAACAGUUCCACUGAACCUUCCUUCUCUCGAUGGGUUGCGGCCAAUCCAAGAUCGAGAACGAGGAGGCGGUGUCGCGGUGCAAGGACCGCAAGCUCUACAUGAAGGAAGCGGUGACGUCCCGCAACGCCUUCGCGGCCGCCCACUCCUCCUACGCCACCUAUUUGAAGAACACGGGCGCUGCCCUCAGUGACUACGCGCACGGCGAGGUCACCCACUUUCCUAUCUCCGCCUCCGUCGCCCAACCGGCUCCACCCUCCUCCUCUUCCUCCUCUGCCGCCGCCGCCGCCGCCGCGUCCAUAGACAAUCUGCCUCCCCCUCCUCCUCUUCCUCCUCCUCCUCCUCUCCCUAAUCCCCCUCCCGCCAGCUUUCCCUCCCCGCUCCAGCGCGCCGCCACCAUGCCCGAGCUCAAGAUCGCCAAGUCCGAGCCGCCAGGGCCCGUGGCCGCGCCGAUCAUGGAGGAGGAGGAGGAGGAGGGCGACGACUCCGACGGCGAGGACCCGCGUACCCGCCUGAGAAGACGUUCCGGUAGCAGUAACAGGAACGCUAGAGUUUUGGAGGACGAGGGGGUCCCGCCGCCGGUGACUAGGGUCCCGCAGGAGGAGGUGCCGAUGCCGCCGCCGCCGCAACACCACGAUAGUCCGUACGAUUACUUCUUCGCGGAGGACACCAUGCACAGGACGACCUUGAGCGACCCGCCGCCGUUGGAGGAGGUGGGCGUGAGGAACGGGGAGACUGAGCGUAUGGUGUUCAAGGAAAAGCCUAAGAGAGUGGAAGAUGACGGCGAUGGUGGUGGGGAAGGGAGCGGGGUUGAGAAGGUUGAGGUUGCGGCGCCUGCGAUGGGGAAGAUUGUGAAGAAGGUGAAGCAGGGGGGUGGUGGGGCGGAGGGGAAGAGGGUGGCGAAGGGGAGUGCGAAUUUGUUGCAGAUAUUUUUGGAGCUUGAUGACCAUUUCUUGAAGGCUUCGGAGAGUGCCCACGAUGUUUCGAAGAUGCUCGAGGCUACCCGGUUACACUAUCACUCUAACUUCGCCGAUAAUCGAGGUCAUAUCGAUCACUCGUCUAGAGUGAUGCGUGUUAUUACAUGGAAUCGAUCAUUUAAAGCGUUAAAUAAUGACAAUGACAAUGGGAAGGAUGAGAUUGACUCGGAAGAGCAAGAAACUCAUGCCACUGUGCUGGAUAAGUUGCUAGCAUGGGAGAAAAAGCUAUAUGAUGAAGUGAAGGCAGGUGAGCUUAUGAAAUUUGAGUACCAAAAAAAGGUUGCUUCACUGAACAGGCUAAAGAAACGAGGUACCAACUCUGAAGCAUUGGAGAAAGCAAAAGCAGGAGUAAGUCAUCUUCACACAAGAUACAUUGUUGACAUGCAAUCCAUGGAUUCUACGGUUUUAGAGAUAAACCGUUUACGGGAUGAACAAUUAUACCCAAAACUUGUUCAGCUUGUCAAUGGGAUGGCCUAUAUGUGGGCAGCAAUGCGAUUUCACCAUCAGAGCCAGUCAAAGAUUGUGACAGCCCUGGGAUCUCUUGACAUCUCCCAAUCGCCCAAGGAAACACAUGAGCACCACCAUGAGCGCACAAUCCAGCUGAUGGCAGUUGUGCAGGACUGGCAUUCACAAUUUCAGAAGCUAGUGACCCAUCAGAAAGAGUACAUUAAGGCCCUCAACAAUUGGUUAAAACUAAAUCUCAUCCCCAUUGAGAGCAGCUUGAAAGAGAAGGUUUCUUCACCACCAAGGAUUCAAAACCCCCCUAUUCAGGAACUGCUCCAUGCUUGGCAUAAUCAUCUGGAGAAACUACCUGAUGAACUUGCAAGAACAGCUAUAUUCAACUUUGCUGCUGUAUUAAAUACUAUAUUUCAGCAACAAGAAGAAGAGCUGAAAUUGAAGCAAAAAUGUGAAGACACCCAGAAGGACCUUGACCGCAAGAUCCGGCAAUUUCAAGACUGGUACGAAAAGUACAUGAAGAAGAGGGCACAAGAUGAUUUUGAUCCAGAGGGGGCAGAAGAUAACACUCAAAAAGAUCUUGCGGAGAAGCAGUUUAUGGUGGACUCAAUGAAGAAGAAGUUGGAGGACGAUGUGGAAGCCUACCAGAGGCACUGCCUUCAGGUGAGGGAGAAGUCUUUGGCAAGUUUAAAGACCCGCUUGCCAGAGCUCUUUAGAGCAAUGUCAGAUUUUGCUGAUGCAUGUUCAAAAAUGUACGCAAACUUGAGUCCCAUAUCAAAGCCCCACAAUUCAAGCCAGAUCUCAUCAUGAGAAUGUUUUGUCAGCCUGGCAUUAUUUUCUUAUUUGUGAUAGUUGUAUUGUUACAUAACUUACAAUCUCUUGCAGUCCUUUAUUUGGGAUAGGCCCCGACUGAGAUGAUAUUAUGCAGUUGUGUCCAUCAAAUUGAUUUUCGGCAUAAUGUUGUUAGUUC